UUCCAAUUCAAAUUGGUUCUUCACUCUGUUUACUUCAAUCAAGAGAAGAAUAGCUAGUGCUCAAGGUAAUUAAUAAUAAAUAACAAACAAUUACUACUAUUGCAGUCAUUUUCACAGUGAUGCUUUCACAAACAUAAGACCCGCCAAGGUAUUCUUUAUUAUAGUUGUCAUUUUCUAAUAAAACCUGCAAUUUCCUAUUUCUAUACAUUCCCUGUGGUCAACUUUCCCUUUUUCUCCCGUAUAUCUGAUCUGACAAUUUUUUAAUUAUGAGAUCUUUCUUCUUUCAAUUGAAAAUCCUGUUUUCUUGACAUCUUGGUGUAGGUGAUGCUUCUAGUGAAGAUUCUAUAGCAGAUCCCACUUCAGUUGAAGAUUCUAGAAUUGAUAAUCCAUUGAAAAUAGCUCAGAAUAGUUAUUCUUCUUUGAUGAAAGAAGCACAAUCACCAGAACAAUCAUUUGACAGUGAAGUAGUUGCAAAUGAUGUAGCUAGAGACAAACAAAAUUUCAUAGUAAAUGGCUCGAUUCCAUCAAUUGAAGAUUUGAAGAAAGUUGAAACGGGUAUUGAAGACGAAAUAAAACCUUUUGUUGCAAACGAAAAGAAUGAAGCAUUUGAAACCUCUACAUCCCAGGCAGGUUACGUUCCAACUGAAGGAGAUAUUGUGACAGAAGCACACACUGAAAUCUAUAUUGGGGAACAACCAAGGGCUGAAAUUGGUGAGCACCAAGAGUGGGAAAUACUUAAAAGCAUUGUGUACGGUGGUUUAGUUGAAUCAAUCACUAGUCUUGGGGUUGUGUCAUCUGCUGCUUCUUCUGGUUCUGCUCCAUUGAAUAUUAUAGCAUUGGGGUUGGCGAAUCUCAUCGGUGGACUUUCUGUCAUUGGCCAUAAUCUCACUGAUUUGAAAAAUGGUCAUUCUGGAGGGAAUCCAUCACAAGAUCGAUAUGAAGAACUACUUGGCCGUAGAGAAAACUUCACACUUCAUGCUUUUCUAGCUGUGUUAUCAUUCAUAAUUUUUGGUUCUGUCCCACUUGUUGUCUACAGCCUCUUAAUUUCUAAGCACUACUAUGAUGAAUAUAAUAUUGCAGCUGUGACAGCCUCUUCUGUUGUGUGCAUCAUUCUUCUUGCUAUGGGAAAAGCUUACACCAGCACACCACCCAAAUCCUAUAUCAAAACAGUGCUGCAUUAUGUUAGCUUGGCACUUGCAACCUGUGGAGUCUCUUACAUAGCUGGUGAUCUAGCUAAGGUUCUCCUAGAUAAAAUCAGUGGCUCAGAAUCUGGUUAUGUUCUUGCCAUGCCCUUGUCAGACACAACAAGAAUGGAACCAGCGUGAAUGUCUUCUUCAAGCUUAUAUUUCAAUGUUCCUGCUUCUGCUGCUUCUUCUUGCUUCUUCUAGCCAAAUAAGGAUCCAGAAAAUAUGUGGUUUAGCUGUUAGUGUUCCAAGCAACGUUCUCAAUUUUAUAGUUUUCUUGGAUUCGUUUGUGAACAAGUCAAGGAAAACUGUCCUUUUUUAUCAGCAAAGUA